CACAGUGCCUGGCAAGGUGACGUUAUAUUGUGGGGCCGAUUUAUUUAUUUUUGUUGAUUUUCCUUUCGUUCAUUGUGCGAAUUUCACUUUAGAACACGCAACAAAAUACAAGGACGAUACAACAAACAGGUGAAAUUUUGUGCUGUAUUUGUGCGGUUAGUUCAGAAGCGAACUAUUGUUGUGGUACCUCCAAGAGUAUAAUCAAAUUAACUUCUGAUUCGACAUCAAGUUAGUAUUCGCAUGACAUUACCAUCGCACAUUAAAAAUGGCGGGCGGGUGCGCGUGGUCGCGUCGCGUGGCGGCGCGCACGCGCACGAUGCGCGGUCUCGUGCGCGACACGCAGCGCGCUUUGCACGACGUCUGCGAUAUAUUGAACUAUGAUCAAGAAAUCCUAGGCACAGUGCAAGAUAUAGGCACCCAGUGCAACCGACCCACAGCUUUGGUAGUCCUGGGGAGCACUCCCGCCGCCCGCGCUCGGCUUUUACACUGUCUUCUUGGCAGGAGGCUGUUGCCUGAACCCACGCCCAGGGGGUGUCGCUGGCUAAAAAUUCAGUACGGCAGCAGCACGCAGGUCCACCUGACCCUGGGCAACUCGGAGUUUGAGCUGGUAGAAGAGUUGGAGUGCAAUAAGAGACCGUGGGAGACGCUGCCUUUGGAGGAUUUACUCCGCCAUCAGCACAACGACCUAUCAACCGUUCUGGAAAUCGAACUGAACAACUCAUUCCUUAAGGACGGCCUUAAGAUCAUUGUACCACCGGACAUACACCCAAACCCGGGGGCAACAAGCUAUCAGACAUUGAAAGAAACCAAUACAGACUUGUAUACUAAACGUGAAACAAUACUAAGACAUUACAAUGCUAUAUAUUUGUACGCUUUAGACAGAAUAGGUAAAAGUGUUUUUAGUGAAAAUAUAGGUGACGUUAUGGUGACGUCGAGAAGUGAUGAGGACUUUUGGGCUUCGUUCAAUUUGUAUAGCGUGUCGCGUGUGAGUGAUGUCAGUGAAGUUAGUGAAGUGAAUGUGAGUGCUAAAGAGGAAGUGCCAGUGAAAGUAGUGAAGGAGAGUAGCGGUGAGCCUUCGGUUUUUGAUGGGGAGAACUGCCUCGAUCUUCAUCAGAUCAAAGAAAUCAACCCUCACGUGCAAUUGCUGUUCGUUCUAUUCUCGGACAGUGUAGACAUGUCCGCCAUUAGGGAGCAGGAGGGGGUGAACGAAGCCACAGAGUCGGCAGAAGACAUGUACAGAGCUGAUGAUCUGCCGGAGUCGGAUCAGGGUUUAUUGGAGCCCGUUAUGAGAAGUGAACAAGAAUCUCCCAUCGAGAGUAAGAGAAGCGCUGCCAACAGAAGAUUGAGAGAAGAACAGAUUGGCUUCAUGAAUGAGCUCCUAGACCAGUGGGAGAUGUGCAGUCCACCUCCGAAACACCAUGCGAAGAGCAGAUGGCUUAUAGCCAACGACACUGAUAUAAUGCGUACGGUCGACCACAAAGUUGUGUCGCAAUACGCAGGCGCGGGCGCACACAGCGCCGGGGAGACUUGCGAGCGGGGGGGUACUGUGAGCUCCCGGCCGGCGCUGCUGGGCGCGGUUGUCAAAUUUGCGACAGAGUGCGCUCAGAGCGCUUUGUUGGAGUGCAGCACGCAACUAAGCGAGGUCCACGUGAAGCUUCUUCAACAGUUCAUAUUGGCUUCGUUCGACCUUGCGCGGGAGUUGCAAGUCGUCCCCAAGAAGAUACAGUAUGUGGCAACACAAGAACAACAAUUAUAUGAAACUAUCAACAACAAAUUCAGUGAGGGUGACAAAAAACAAGAACUGGUCGGCAUUAUGCAAGAGGUUCUCCAUGAGAUGCAGACGGAAGUCGAUAAUAUGGAUUGGAGCGUAGAUGAUCUGCCCUGCCACCGAGACACACGCUUCCUCACCUCCAACUCCAUGUUCUACUCCACGCGCUCCUCCCCUCCCCCCUCGUCCUCCCCGCCACCACCUCCCCUCUCCUCCUCGUCUCCGGGGCGACCGGAACCAACUUCGGACGGUGAGGAGGCGUUGUCGUAUGACAGUUACAAUUUCGAUGAUUACGACAUCAUCAAUGAGAGGGAGGAGAGUUUGAGCGUCAGUUAUGUAAAGUCGAACUCGGACGACGCGUCAGUAGUGAUAUCCCAAGCGAACAACAUCCGGGUGGAGAACGAAGAGACGUUCGGCUUGUCCAACGCCGUUUGCUGGACGAACGCCACGGUGUGCACUAACGCCGGCAAUGUGUCCGUCAAGGAGGCCUCGCUUGAUGUACAACAGACGGUUCUCUCCAAACUCAGCCGCAAGAUCAGUCUAAAACUAGUCAAUUUCUUAGACUGUCUACGCGAAACAUAUUUUGGGACUUUGCAAAGGUGUCUGGAAUCUCUGGAGAUGUCGUGCAGACAGGAACUGGGGGGGCGACCGGCGAGCGAGGCCAUGAGGCAGCUGCUGUCUGUGGCGAGGCAGGUCCAACUCCAGCCGACCGGCUCGUUCUCAUUGCUCAGGUCGUUAUUGGACUCGCUACGGAGAUUUUUGCAUAGACUGCGUCUGUACGGGUCGGAGUCAGACAUGGCGUGCUGCGCGCUCAGCCCCGCGUGGCGGCGCCGAGUGGCGCUGCAUGCUUUACACUCCCUGACUCCGCACCGCCUCGCCAGGAUCAUAUCCGCUCAGAUAUUGGAGAAACUCACUUUGGCCCACGAGAAAUACCAAUCCGCUCUUGUUACACUAGAAGCGGCUUUAGAAGGAAGACUGCAUCAUACCGAAGCCAUCAAAUUAGCUAUUAGGAAAAAAUACGCACCGUCGUUCGCUCGUCUGUGCCUCGAGAGCACCUCAAUGUGUGACCUCCUCAUGUACGGGACCCCGGAGUUGGGCAGAGAGAUAGGCCGCGGUCAAUACGGCGUGGUUUACUCUGUGCGCGGCUCGUGGGCGGGCCACAGUCCGGCCGCCGUCAAGUCCGUGUUGCCGGCGGACGAGAGGCAUUACCACGAGCUGGCCAUGGAGUUCUUCUAUACCAGGAGUAUCCCGUGGCACCCGCGCAUCGUGCGGCUGCUGGGCUCGGUGGUGCAGCGGGGCGCGGGGGCGGGGGCGGGCGCGGGCCCCGGCGUGCUGCUGGUGUCGGAGCGGCGCGCGCGCGACCUGCACGCGGCCGUGCGCGCGCGCCUCGGCGCCGCCGCCAGCCUGCGGGUCGCCGCCGACAUCGUCGAGGGUAUCCGUUACCUCCACUCCCUCGGCUUGGUCCAUCGCGACAUCAAGAUGAAGAAUGUCCUUCUCGACAGCAAUGACCGCGCCGCCCUUUCUGACCUCGGUUUCUGCGCAGCCGAAGCCCUAAUAUCGGGGUCAGUGGUGGGCACGCCAGUCCACAUGGCACCCGAAUUGCUUAAUGGAGAAUAUGACGCGUCUGUCGAUGUCUACGCCUUUGGGAUAUUGUUCUGGUACUUAUGCGCUGGAAACGUUAAACUGCCGACCGCCUUCGAAAUGUUCCAGAAUAAAGAGCAAUUGUGGAGCAAAGUUAAACGAGGUCUUCGUCCCGAACGUCUACCGCACUUCACAGACGAGUGUUGGGAAAUUAUGGAGUCUUGUUGGGCCUCAGAGCCCUCCCAGCGGGCGUUGUUAGGCGACGUCCAGCCAAAACUGGAGAGAAUGCUCGAGAAGGCCUUAUUAGAAGACCAGGGCCCGACCGAAACGCAUAGGGAGUAUAAGGAGUAUGAUAGCGAUGAUAGUUUGGAUAUGACUGGCAUUGAUAGGGACCUAGUGUGAUAUAUAAUUAAAGAAUAUCGAAUUUACUUUCGUUAAAAUAUAUACUUUCGUUCGUAUCGUAAAUGUGAAAGUAUUUGUUCGUCAUGUAAUGGUCUUGAAGCCACCACAACGGGCCUUAUUAUGCCUCAUUAAGUCAAAAUUCGAAGAUAUCAAGGAAAGACUGAAAAGUAUAUGAAGUUUAAGGAGUAUGAUAGCGACGUGAAAUGCAUUGAUAGGGACUUUGGUUUGAUACAUGAUUCCAUAUCAAAUACUUCCGGAAAGUAUUGCAUUGUAUGUGCAAGUGUUUUAUCGUCGUGGUUAAGUCAUGACGCUGUCACAACGGGCCUUAUUAGGCGGCGAGCUACCGAAACUCGAAAAUGAAGAUCAAAGAAAGACUGAAACGUUUAGCUAGUGUGAGGAGUAUGAUAGAGUUAGUUGGAUUGAUGGAGUCCUGGUUUGAUUUUAAUACAAUAUAAAAUACUUUCGUAUUGUGAAUUAAUUUUGUGUUUCUUGCUUGUGAAAUAAUUUGUUUUGGUUAAUGAUUUGUCGGGUCUUGUAUCUAUUACAGUGGGCCUUAAAAUACUCGGGGCCUUAUUACAAUACAAGUCAAGGCUUAACAUUAAAGGGUGUGUAAUGACUAUAAUAGCAAAGUUUGUAUUCGUUCGCCGUGUCUUAUUUAGCGCCUUGGUUUAUGCCAUACAAUAAUAAUGAAUUAUAUUUUCCAAUAAAGUAAUAGGUGCCAAAUAAUGCAAAAUUUCAUUUUCAGCCCCGUUAACUAGGAAUUUAAUUAAGUUACCCUCUGCUGUGUCAAACGGAACUUAAUCCAUAAGCAUAACGUAUUCAUGUUUUAUUGCAAAAAGAAAUUGCAACAGCUGUGGAUAAGACAUUGAGGAACCACACGGCCAAUUUGUACCAUAAUGAUAGUAAUGCCACUAAAAAAAUUGUAUUAUAUACGAGUAAUUUAAGAAGCUAAAUUUGAAAGCUACUACUUUCAGUCGAUUCUAUGUCGUCGUAACCUGUAAGGUUCUUAAUUCUUAAAUGCUAAAGAUCAAAUUGAUUAUGAAGUCAUAGACUUAUGUUUAACAUAGUACCCUUUUAAAAGGAUUUCUUUUUUAGAGGACAAGUUUUAUGGUGCAAUAAAGUUUAUACAAACUAAGCCUGCUUGUGAUUGGCCAAAAGUUACGUAAAUGUGAUUUUGAUUGGUGUAAAAAUUGUGAUCUCAAUGAAAUUGGCCUAAAUAUCAAAGAAUUGUAAAUAGUUUUAAGAAAAUUUCUAAAAAAUUUUUGUUGCAAAAAUAGUGACAAGUCACAAAAUUAAAUAAACUUUUGUAUGAUAUCAAAUUGUUUGGAUUGCAUUUGUAAUGUUAUUAUGUAAUCAGGUUUUUGAAUGGCACAGUGAGUUAGGUAGGCGGGUUACCGUUAAAAAUUAAAAUAUUGCAGCGUACACAAUAUAAUUAUAUGGAUUUGAUAUUUUAAAAAUAUAAAGGUAAUCAUAACACUUCAUAUUAGUUUAUUCGUGGACAAUAAAAGAAGUCAAUAGUUUUUUACCAUUUGCAAAUUGAAACUACAAUAUGAGUAUACACUAUACAAACAAAUACAUACUGAGAUUUUAAGAUCUGAUCCCCAAUCGUGAGCUGAGGAAAAUAUAUUUUAAGAAACUUUCAAAACAUCAUAUUCAGUUCUGCCCUCGAGAUAUUUAGACAAGCUCUUCAUCUUGAAGACUUCGAAGCAAAAGAAAAUGCGUAAAAAAUCCUCCUUUUUUAAAGUCCGUUAAAAUUCAACAACUUUUUUUAUUAAUUUUUUAGAAGCGAGUGUAGUUUCCACUUAUAAUGCACUUCCCCUUUUGAAGAUUGAAGUUUAAUGAGAUAUUUCUUAUUAUUACCAAAGGCACAACAGAUAUAGUAUCACUAUUAAUAAUUCUGUCAAUGUUCAUUUAAAUAAAUCAAAUCUUAAUAAUCAAUUUUGUAGGUUUAUAUUUGUGAUACUGUGGUUUACGCUUUCGGGUUAGUUUUUAAUUUAAAUUUACAUAUAUUUACCUCUUUCAGGGGUAGACAAGGCUCUCGUAUUUCCAACCCGAUUAUGACACGAAGUGAUAUGAAAAAAGUUAUUUUAAGAUAAUAAUAUUUCUUCUUAAGUUUAAGAGCUAACUCUUGUCGGUGGAGUUAAGGGAAGCUUCCUCCAUUCGUCUCUUUUCUCUGUUUUUUUUUUAUUUUUUGGUUUUUGUAACGUUUACUUUUUGCUUUGUUUGAUCAAAAUAUUUUAUUCUUGGUCUUCCUCUUCCUAUCUUUCCGUUAAUUUAUGAAACUAAAGUAAAGGAAAGUGAUAUUUAUCGAUCAUAAAAUGUUAAGUUUUUCAUGAUAUUUAUAAGAAUUAAGGGCAGAAUGUCACCCAAUGAAUUUGUAUAUAAAGCUUUUUUUUUCCUAUGGCCUUAUUAGCUAUAUGCCUAUGUCAUGAUUGUGUCAUAUUAAAGAUUUGUAAUAUGUGUAGCAGUUUUAAGUCCAAUUUUAUAUUUUUCAUAUUGACGGGAUGCAUAUAUGUAGGUAUACGGGCCUAUAAAUUAUUAAUUUAUUAUGAAAGAUUUAAAAAAGUCAUUAACUUACUUUACAUUACAAAUACUACACAAAAUAGGCAUAAGGUGUAGCAGAUUUUAAUGAAGCAGUAUUGUUUGUUUUGGAGCUUGCUUUAUUUGCAAUAUUGAAACUAUUUUAUUGCCCUUUCUUAAUUUUUUUAUAUGUUUAAAUUAAGCUAUCUGCUAAAUUAAAUAAGAAGCAUUUUCGCUCGCACCCAUGAAGCACCUUUUAGAUUCCGUAUACGGAAUUCUAACAUUGUUUUAAAAAUGAAAUAUAAAGUACU